GGCUGUCGGAAGUGCUAUGACGCAGAUGCUAACCUGAUGCUAACCUGAUGCUAACCUGGUUCUUCUCUGCAGCUACAUGAUCUAAAUGAUGAACGAGCGGCGGACUGAGAAUCAUUCAACGUGUUUAAUGAAACGUUUCACACAUUUUAACCGUCAACUCAUCAACGUUAACUCACGCACGGACUCUGAGCCGUGCACAGGUGCACACAGGUAGCUAACCAGCUAGGCUAGGCUAGGCUAGGCUAGGCUAGGCUGGGCUGGACUGGGAGAGGCUAGGCUAGGCUAGGCUAGGCUAGGCUAGGCUAGGCUAGGCUAGGCUAGGCUAGGCUAGGCUAGGCUAGGCUAGGCUAGGCUAGGCUAGGCUAGUUAGCUGGUUGGUUAGCACCUGAGCAGAAUGGAUCUAUUCGACGACCUGCCAGAACCAACACACACCUGCACAGGUCCAGUUCCAGCAGCGGUCACAGCUCGACCACAGGACACCGAAGAAGAAGAAGAGGAGGAGGAGGAGGAGGAGGAAAAGGAGAAGAGAUUAAAACGAAAACGAGAAGACGCCGAGUGUUACGCUGAUAUAAAAGAGGAGGAGGUCAAGAAAGUUUGUAAAGAAGGCCUCCCCGUGCUGAAAGGCUACGUGGCGGUGAGGCGUGGCGAGCGGGAGGAGAUGCAGGACGCUCACAUUCUGCUGCCGGACAUGAGCGGCUGUCUGUCCGCUCUGCCGGGACAAGUGUCUCGUGUCUCGUACUUCGCCGUGUUUGACGGUCACGGCGGAGCUCGAGCCUCUCGAUUCGCCGCGGAGCAUCUCCACCACAAUCUGGCCAAGAAGUUCCCCAGCGGAGAAACGGAGAAUGUGGACAAGCUAAUUAGGAAAUGUCUCCUGGACACUUUCAGGCAGACGGAUGACGACUUCCUGAAGAAAGCUUCCAGCCAGAAGCCAGCGUGGAAGGACGGCUCCACGGCGACCUGUGUGCUGGUGGUGGACGACGUGGUGUACGUGGCCAACCUGGGAGACAGCAGGGCGGUGUUGUGUCGGAUGGAGGCGACGGGAGGAGCAGACGGACGGAGGAGGUCGUUGACUCUGCCUCUGAGUACCGACCACAACCCGACCAUCUACAAGGAGAGGAUGAGGAUCCAGAGAGCGGGAGGCACCGUCAGGGACGGCCGGGUGCUGGGCGUCCUCGAGGUGUCCCGGUCCAUCGGAGACGGUCAGUACAAACGCUGUGGAGUCAUUUCAUCCCCCGACAUGAGGAGGUGUCAGCUCACAGCCAAUGACAGGUUUAUCAUCCUGGCCUGUGACGGUUUGUUCAAAGUGUUUUCUGCUGAUGAAGCCGUUAAAUUCGUCCUCAACAUCCUGCAGGAGGGGAGCGUGGAGCCGAGGUCGGGGCUGACGGAGGAGGAGGUGAAGUUUGAAGCUGCUUGCCAACAGUUGGCCAGUGAGGCGGUGAGGCGAGGCUGCGCCGACAACGUCACUGUGAUCCUGCUCUCUAUCGGCUUCUGAACACACACACACACACACACACACACACACACACAUCUGGCUGACCUCCUCGCUGUCUCGUCUGUUUUCCAAUAAAAGUAUUUUCUUUA